GUGACGGUCGGGGUCUCUCCUCCCUGACUAGUGGUACUGGGGACCUGUUUGACCCUCUCCCCAGCGGCUCCAGCAGGAAGACCCCAGAGUCCUUCCUGGGUCCUAAUGCAGCACUGGUCAACCUGGACUCACUGGUCACCAAGCCUCCCCAGCCUGCUCCUAUUGUCAACCCCUUCCUCGCUGCCGCAGGAGCAGCCCCUGUAGCCGCCCCCCAGGCCAACCCGUUCCAGAUGGGCCAGCCCACCCCCCCUACCCUGAACCAGAUGAGGGUCAGCCCUAUGCCAGGCCAGGGUCUGGGGGGAGUAGCAGGGUUCAGCAGCGUGUCCUCUAUGGCAGACCCUCUGCCCCUCUCCUCCCUGGUCCCCCUGGGCCGCGUGGUGCCCGGCGUUGGAGGGAUGGGGAGUAUCCCAGCCUCUAUGUCUAUGCCUCAGCCCCUCCUCAGCUCAGCCCUGCCCACCACAGCGGGCACACAGCCCCCCGGGACCACCAACCCCUUCCUGUUGUGAGGAACACCUCAACUACGACCACCCCCUUCAAGACAACACCCCCAGAAUCCUCUCCA